GAUCUCACUUCUCUCACUGCAAAACCAAAAUGGAUAUCUUCUUCCUCGUGUCAAUCUUCCUCUCCUCCCUCCUCCUACUCAUCCUCCUCCAACAACUCUCCUACCUCCGCAAGAAGGGCCCACUCCCCGGCCCCACCUUUAUCGUCCCCUUCCUCGGCUCUGCCAUCCCCAUGGUCCUCAACCCAACCAAGUUCUGGUUCGACCAAGCCACCUCAGCGAAGCCCACCGGCUUCUCCGCUAACUUCCUUGCUGGCAAAUUCAUCCUCUUCGUCCGUUCCACCGACCUCUCCCACAAAAUCUUCGCCAACGUCCACCCCGACGCAUUCCACUUCAUUGGCCACGCAUUCGGCAAGAAGCUCUUCGGCGAACACAAUCUAAUCUACAUGUUCGACCAGCCACAUAAAGAUCUUCGUCGGAGAAUCGCGCCCAAUUUCACGCCGAAAGCGCUAUCUACUUACAUCCAAGUCCAGCACAAUGUGAUCGUUUCUCAUUUGAGACGCUGGGUGGAGAUGUCUGGACAUGAGAAGCCGAUUAAGCUCCGGUUCUUGUGUCGAGACAUGAAUCUUGAGACUUCGCAGACGUCUUUCGUUGGGCCGUACUUGACCCCGUCGGCAAGGACCCAGUUUAAUGUUGAUUAUAACCUUUUUAACGUCGGACUAAUGGCGUUCCCUUUGGAUUUGCCUGGGUUUGCUUUUCGCAACGCUCGGCUAGCGGUCAAUCGACUGAUCAAUACGUUGUCGAGCUGCGUGUGGAAAAGCAAGAAGGAAAUGAAGGCGGGAAAAGAGCCGAGCUGCUUAGUUGAUUUCUGGAUGCAAGAAACGAUGAAAGAAACCACGGAGGUUAGCGAUGCUGAAAUUGGAGGUCAUCUCUUCGACUUCCUCUUCGCCGCACAGGACGCAUCGACAUCAUCCCUUCUUUGGGCGGUAACCUUACUCGAAUCUCACCCAGAGGUUCUGGAUCGAGUGAGAAAAGAGGUCGCGGUGAUUUGGUCACCCGAAAGUGGUGACCCGAUCACCGCUGAGCAGAUACGCGAGAUGAAGUAUACGGAGCAGGUGGCGCGGGAAGUCCUGAGAUUCCGCCCCCCCGCGACGAUGGUGCCUCACAUUGCCGGGGUUUACUGAACCAGACCGGUUCGACCCGGACCGGUUCGGUGAGGAGAGACUGGAGGACCGAGUUUUUAAGAGGAACUUUUUGACAUUUGGAA